AUGGCAACGUGUUUGUUCAAUCUCCCUCUCGAGUUGCGAGAGAAAAUAUACUCGGAGCUCCUUGUUGUCCCAGGACCUAUAGUUUUUGAACCAGACGACGGUAACCCCUGCCCACCUGUAGGGUCCCAAAGACGCGGGCUCUAUCCUGCAAUCCUUCGCGUUAACAAGAAGGCUUACCGCGAAGCCAGCCGACUGUUCUACUCGAAAAAUCGCUUCGAAGUCCCCAACGUCAUAGGGUCUCCUGGAUUCCCUGAAAUCGCUUCAGUCGCCUUGUUCCUCAGUCAGAUCGGUUGCCAAGCAAGUCUCAUUCGCUACAUCUGUAUCGAUUUCCCUCGCUGGGACUUUGAUGAUCAGCCUGAAGGAGGAAGCUUCCACCCAGGCGACAUUCGGAACCUCGAGCUUGUUCGGGCCAGUUGCCAAAAUAUCAGGGUUCUUGAAUUAUCACUGGACACUGGGCAAAACUCGAUUCUCGACGAACCAGUAACACCAGAGACACUCGAUUCGAUCGAUGUGGCAACCAGAGAUGUUCUAUCACCGAAAGAGAUUGUGGUCCGUAUCCAGGUCUAUGGUGAAGAUGAUAUAUGUGACAGUGUGACGAGGAUGCGCAGUUAUGGAUGGACGGUCGAGGUCACCAAACGAGAACCUGUGAAGGAAACUUGGGAAUACGAUGAGCACGGAAUCGAAUUUGACAAUGGAGAUGACUACUGGGAUUACGUGAACAUGAUAGAGAAGGAACGAGAAGAAAAGGAAUGGCUGGAGGAUUAUUGGGAAAAGAGAAACGACCCCUGGCGCAAAAAUGAUUCGGAUUAUGAUUGA